UCCUAGAGCUAAAGCUAGGAGACUGAAAAAAUGCAGACCCCCGGGGCACUACUCAUUCCUCCUGCUUUGAUUCGCUCUUGUACCAGGGGUCUGAUCAGGCCUGUGUCUGCCUCCUUCCUGAGUAGGUCAGAGAUCCCGUCUGAACAGCCCUCCUACAGCAGUGUCCCACUCCAGGUAGCCAGGCGGGAAUUCCAGACCAGUGCUGUCUCCCAGGACAUUGACACAGCGGCCAAGUUUAUUGGCGCUGGGGCUGCCACAGUUGGUGUGGCUGGUUCAGGGGCCAGCAUUGGAACAGUGUUUGGCAGCUUGAUCACUGGCUACGCCAGGAACCCGUCUCUAAAGCAGCAGAUCUUCUCCUAUGCCAUUCUGGGCUUUGCCCUGUCUGAGGCUAUGGAACUCUUCUGUUUGAUGGUCGCCUUCCUCAUCCUCUUCGCCAUGUGA